AAAGAAGAAGAAGAAGGGUUUGAAGAAGGUACGAGAGGGCCGCGAUGACCGUGCAGAAGUUCAAGCCUCGCGGCAGUAGCGCGGCCGAGGAUCAACGACCCUCGGGUGACAUUCUUCUCUCAGCGUCGAAUGAACCUUUGGAUAAUGAUAAGGAGCAACGUCAAACUCUCUUGACAUCAUCACCUGCGACGAAUCCACCUACUACGAGAAAUGCUUGCUGUCGUUCGAGUCAAUCUCAGCAAAUCCAACAACAGCAACAACAACAACAACAACAACAACAACAACAACAACAACAACAUUUUCAACAGCAAGAUCAACAGCAACAACGUCAGGACAGUAGCGAGAAUCUUCUAGGACGAGUAUUGGCCGAAUUCGAUGGAACCACAGUACUCUGUCGUGUUUGCGGUGACAAGGCCUCUGGUUUUCAUUAUGGCGUUCAUUCCUGCGAGGGAUGCAAAGGAUUCUUUCGCCGUAGCAUCCAGCAGAAGAUACAGUAUCGACCCUGCACCAAGAAUCAACAGUGCAGCAUCCUGAGGAUCAACAGGAAUCGCUGCCAGUACUGCCGCCUGAAGAAGUGCAUCGCAGUCGGCAUGAGUCGCGAUGCGGUGCGAUUCGGCCGCGUGCCCAAGCGCGAGAAGGCCAGGAUUUUGGCUGCCAUGCAGCAAAGCUCCCACAGUCGCUCUCAGGAGAAGGCAGUAGCGGCCGAGCUGGAAGACGAGCAGCGUUUACUCGCGACCGUCGUCCGGGCUCAUCUCGACACAUGCGACUUUACCAGGGACAAGGUCGCGCCCGUUCUCGCGAGAGCACGAGAAACACCGAACUACACGGCCUGUCCACCGACCUUGGCAUGUCCGCUGAAUCCGAAUCCGCAACCAUUGACCGGCCAGCAAGAAUUGCUUCAGGAUUUCUCCAAAAGGUUCUCGCCGGCGAUCCGUGGCGUGGUAGAGUUCGCCAAGCGCAUCCCUGGAUUCAGCCUGCUGGCUCAGGAUGACCAGGUCACACUUUUGAAGGCCGGCGUCUUCGAGGUCUUACUCGUUAGGCUGGCCUGCAUGUUCGACGCUCAAACGAAUAGCAUGAUAUGCUUGAACGGGCAGGUGUUAAAGCGCGAAUCCAUCCACAACAGCAGCAACGCGAGAUUCCUCAUGGACUCGAUGUUCGAUUUCGCCGAAAGGGUCAACUCUCUGCGGCUGUCAGACGCCGAGCUCGGGCUCUUCUGCUCGGUGGUCGUAAUCGCAGCGGACAGACCGGGACUACGCAAUACCGAACUCGUCGAACGUAUGCACAACAAGUUGCGCAACGCUCUGCAAACGGUACUCGCUCAGAGCCAUCCCCAACAUCCGGAUAUUUUGAGGGAAUUGUUGAAAAAGAUACCCGAUCUUAGGACGCUUAACACUUUGCACUCGGAGAAGCUUCUCGCGUUCAAAAUGACCGAACAACAACAGCAACUCCAAGCACAGCAGCAACAGCAGACGCAACAUGUAAUAGCGACGAAUCAACAGCAACAGCAGCAACAGCAGCAGCAGCAGCAGCAACAACAACAGCAAGCGCAAUCGGGGCAACAACAGCAAGCUCAGCAACAUUGGCCGAUGGAAGAGGAACCUCCGGCUUCUUGGGGCUCGGCCUCGGACGUCACGCUCGACGAGGCCGUCAAGAGUCCACUCGGUAGCGUCUCGAGUACCGAGAGCACGUGCAGCGGCGAGGUAGCCUCCCUGACGGAGUACCAUCACGUUGCGGCGGCACCAAGCGGACACCACGCGUCGAGCGCACCUCUUCUCGCCGCUACGUUAGCCGGCGGUCUCUGUCCGCACCGUAGACGCGCCAAUUCCGGCAGCACGAGCUCCGGCGAGGACGAGCUUCAUCGCGGAAGCUUGAGCAAGACGCCUCAGCCGCCUCACUGUCCGCGUUUCCGCAAAUUGGAUUCGCCGAGCGACAGCGGCAUCGAAUCUGGCACCGAAAAGGCCGAUAAGCCAGCGAGUAGCAGCGCCAGUAGCGCACCCACCUCGGUUUGCUCGAGUCCACGCUCCGAGGACAAGGAAGUUGAGGACAUGCCGGUACUGAAGCGCGUCUUACAAGCGCCACCGCUCUACGACACGAACUCGUUAAUGGACGAGGCAUAUAAGCCGCACAAGAAGUUCCGUGCUCUCCGGCAAAAGGACAGUGCCGAAGCCGAGCCUGCGGUGGUUGUCCAACACGCUCAAUCUCAGUUACAUCUCCACUUGACCUCCCCGCCGGCACGAAGUCCUUCGAAUCCGACGACUCAGGCUACCUGCCCGCAAACCGCGAGUCUCCUUAGCAGCACCCACUCUACCCUAGCGAGAAGUUUGAUGGAGGGACCUAGGAUGACGGCGGAGCAGUUAAAACGUACCGACAUUAUUCACAAUUAUAUAAUGCGAGGGGAGGCGAGCCCGAGGUCACCCCCGGCCGUCUCGCCAUCUCCAGCGGAACAAUGCGCCUCGACGACCACGGUAACCACGCGCUCGUCUCAAGGAUCUCAGGGUCUGUUGCAAUGCGCCACCUCCAGCUACUCGAGCACCUCCUCCUCCUCCAGGUGGCCGGCCACCUCGGUCAUCACCACGACCACCGGUGCACGGCAGCAACAACAACAACAACAACAACAACAGCAGCAGCAACAGCAGCAACAACAUCAACACCAUCAACAGCAGUCUUCCUCGGAUUACCUCGUAGUCGGGAACUCACCCGCCUCCUCGCCAAGAUACCUCUCGGCUGCGGCAUCGAGUAGUACAAGCACGAGUCCGAGGCCAACCUCGAGCACGGCCACUCUUGUCCUCUCUGGUUGUCCCACCAACAUGAUGGAGCUCCAAGUCGACAUUGCCGACAGUCAGCAACCUCUAAACCUCUCGAAGAAGUCACCGUCCCCAUCGCCGAGGCCGCUCGUUGGCCCCUGCAAGGCUCUCUCCCUCGAAGCGUAGUGCUCUUGCCGCGAGACGGAGAUCUCUUUCGUGACUCGAAGAAUCAUGUGUGUGCGUGUGUACUCUAUUGCUACUAUUACUACACUACUACUACUACUAUUACUACUACUACACUACUACUACUAUAACUACUACUACUACUACUACUACUACUACUACUACUACUACUACUACUACUACUACCCACCUUGCGCAAAGAGUGUCGUUACGUACAUGUAUAUGUAUUUUACCGUCCGUGCGACGGCACACAAAGGAGAAUCGAGCGUCCCGAGAGGAUCAGAAGCAGAAGGAGAAGAAACAGGAGGAGGAGGAGGAGGAAGAGGAGGAGGAAAAGGAGGUGAUGGGGAGGAGGAGAAGGAGCUGCAGGAGGAGGAGGAUGACAAAGUGCCAGGACACUCCGAGCGCGUGACAAACCAAAUAAUUUAUUAAUUUAAAAUAUUUUAUCGAUAAUCCGCGCCUAAAGAAGACGCGCGGUGAGAAGUAGGAGGAGGACAAAGCUAUGAUACGAGAGGACCACAUCUCCCUGACAUAUAUAGAGAAACAGGAAGAGAGAGAAAAAGGGCUAAGGAGCAAGAGGAGGAGGAGGAGGAGGAGGAAGUGGAAGAAGAAGAAGGAGGAGUAAGAGGAACAGGAGGAGGAAGAACAGGAGGAGGAAAAGGAGGAGAAUGGAACGUUUCAGUGUCUAUGAGUUUCUUUCGUUUCUUUUCUUCUUUCCGAGAGUGCGUAUACGUGCACCUAAGGAAACGCGCUAAACUCGAUCGAAUUGGACGUUCAUGCGCGCGCACGCAAAUUUCGAUCGACGUUUAAGACCGCGGGAUUCCAAUAGUUGCACGAUGCCGGAUAUAACAGAGAGUUUGAGAGGGACGAACAAAAAAAAUAAUAAUAAUAAUAAUGAUAAUAAUAAUAAUAAUAAUAAUAAUAAUAAUAAAAGAAAGAAAGAGAGCAAAAGAAAAAGGAAAAGAAAAAAAAAGAUGAAGAAGUAAUAAAGAAAAAGAAUAACCUAUCGUUAUCUCGCUAUCAACCUAUCUCGACCUAUCUGUUUCUAGGCGAAACUAGAGGAUAGACCGUGCUGCACCCCGUAAAGAAAAAAGAAUUGAAUGUUUACAGAAGAUAAAAGCAAAAAGAAAAAAAAAAAAAAAUUAAUAAUCUAUUACAUGUGAUAAUCAUGGAAAUCGCGCAUCCUGUACAGUCUCCACCUCAUUCAUUGAUCAUCUACUCUACUAUAAUUAUUGAAUAUUAUUAAAAGUAAUUAAUUAUUAUUGUAAUAUCUCUGUAAGGUAUAAUAAUCGUAAAAGUUAUCAUCUCGUGUACGUGUGAAGUAUAUAUAGAUAAAAAGGGUGAAUCAUAGAAUGAGAGAAGUAUAGUGGUUUUUUUUUCGUGUGCGUCUGUAUGAGAGAGAGAGAGAGAAAACGCGUGCUUGUGGAAGCGAGUCGGGGCAAUCGAAGUUUCUUUUGACCGAUAGAGAGAGAGAGAGAGAGAAAGAGAGAGCGAGAGAGAGAGAAAGAUAGAGAAGAAAGAUAUAGAAAUAGAAAUAGCGGCGAUCUUUCGAUUAAUCGAGAGGGAAAACGCUAGAUUCGAUUUAAAGAUUUAAGAUGAUUUUGUUAUGAGACUGACCGGCCCGCCGCGGCCUCCAGUUUGCAAUUACCGUACCUUUAUACCGCGUGUCGUUUAUCCCACGUACGAACGGGAGAAUCGACGCGACGUUAAUUAUAAUCCUCUAAUCGCGUCGUGUAGCGAGAUACAAUAGAUAUCGUAGUAGGUGCCGCUUUCGAACGCGGCGAACACACAAUAUUACGUGUUUCGUGUGGCUGCAUUGAAAGAGGAGAGAGAGAGAGAGUGCAAGGGUGAUUACGUAUAUAUACAUCCGUAUGUGUUGCGCGUGUGGCAAGGAGAGAGAGAGAGAGAGAGAGAGAGAGAGAGAGAUACGUAGCGUUGUGAGGAAAAGACAAGGACGACGAGAUGAUUGUAGACGAAAUAGAUCGAAGGAGAAAGAUUUGUUUUUUUUUUUUUUUUCCCCAUAGGAUCGAAAUACGAUCAUUGAAAAAUAAAAGGGAUGAGAAAUUUAAAGAGUGUUAGGGAUAGAUGUACGUACGGAUGAACGGACGAACAAACGGUGAGAGAGAGAGAGAGAGAGAGAGAGAAAGAGAGAGAGAGAGAGAGAGCUCCGAGAUAAUAUCGGCAAACGUUUUGUAAAUAGUAGAAUCGUAAGGCUGAGUCCUAGUUGGCGCGAAUGUGUGAAAAAGUUUUUCGUUGCUUUACGGAUAAUGCGUGAAAGAGGAUAAAAUGAUAGAGAUAGACGCGGCGGGCCGCCGCCGACGUGUUGUUGAGACGCCCGCCCCGCCCCCUUGACCCCCGGCAUAUUCAAGAGCGAACAUACGGUACAGACACACAUUAGGAAACACACAGGGAGAUCAUGUACCAUGUAACACACGGAUAUCAUAGAAACAUACGAUAAUACCGCAAAACUCACACACAUACACACACACACACACAUACACGUACACAUGAAUAUAUACGUAAACACAGGACACGCGCGCACGCACGCUCGAGAAUACAAUAAUUCUUCAAUACACGCUGAAUUACGUGCUAGAAAAGACAUUAAAAAAGAGAGAGAGAGAGAGAGAGAGAGAGAGAGAGAGUGAGAACGAGAGCGAGAACGAAAGCGAGAGCGAGAGAGAGAGAUUAAAGAAAUAAAUAAAUAAAUAAACACAAUUAAAUAGCAGUUCGCCUGAAGUCGCGAUCCCGCAAAACAAAAAAAAGAAAAAUGGAAAAGAAACUGGAGAAGAAUUUCGCGGGAUAGCGAAAAAUCUAUGAGGAAGCAGGAAACCUUUCCCCGACGAAAGAAAAAAAAAGAAAAGCCGCUUUUGCAAAUCCCUUCGAAGCACACACACACACAUACACCACACACACACACACACACAACAAAUACGAAACAACAUAUACACGUACAUCCGAUAUCAUCGUCUCUCCUUGUCGCACGGCGUACAGUAUAGUAAUACCGUACACCGGCUGUUUAAAGGCCUGUAUUUAUUAUAUAUUCCAGAAUGAGAAAUCCUAUUUCCUCGGCAAAAGAAAAUGAAAGACAAUUAAUUAAUUAAUUUAAUUAAUUACUUAAUUAAUUAGCUUCUCGUCCGUGUGACACGCGUAGCGAUCCAUCCCCUCUCGUAGAAAUCCUUCGUUCCACUUGCUUCUUCACCACACGCCACCCACUCCACUAUACUACUACUACUACUACUACUACUACUACUACUAUUACUACUACUAUCACUACCAUUAUCAUUACCACUACCACUACAGCUACUACUUUCUCCGUAUCCCUAUCCGUAAUCCCGAUUUUCCCGAAACGGCUUCUAUCCUCGAUACUACAAAACGAGCAGACAAACACACUCACGCAGAUUCGAACACAGAGAAACACACAAACACAUACACACGCGCGUAUUUCUUGUCUUGUCACAAUACUCCCCUCCUUCAUCCUCUCCCCCCAUCCACCGAUUCAUCCCUUAUCAGCAUCGAUCCCUUUCUUUUUCCCCCAGCCGCUGUCGCAAUCGCCGCCGCCGCCAGAGAAAAACCUAUCACCCUGUCCCUUCUUCAUUAUCCCCGUCUCAAAAAUAAAAUCCUCUCCCACGUAUUCCCUCUCCCGCCCUUUCGACACACCCCACCCCCACUUCACCAACCCUCGGACAAACUAGCGUUGAUAUUCGUAAUACUUGUUAUGCAUAAACCUACACA